AUGGCCGCAUCACGCCGCGGCCAGCCGGAGCUGCACGUACGACUACCCUCGAUCCCAAGUAUCGCGACCCUGCCCGAUCUCCCUCCCAUAUCCGCGCUGUUCCUGAUCGACUUCGACGUCAAGGCUGGCUAUACAAUCUCGUGGAAGGCGUCGAACCCUGGCAUCGAACUCGAAGGCACCGUCGAGUACAAGUCACUGCCCUCGGGCCUACAUACUGUCUCGGAAGACCUGAUAUACUUCGUGCAUGAUGGAUAUGCUGGGCUUAGUGCCUUCGUCAAUGCCCCGGUCGAGGAUACUGCCGCCCGCAAUGCGCGCAUGCUGGCCGUCGGCGUCCUGGUACCGCUGAGCUAUGGACGUCUGGGAAGAGCUUGGAGACACGCCGAAGGGCUGAAAGUCAUGGCUUCAGCACUCGCCGCGAACAGCAAGGACACAGGCAUAUUGGAGCAAUACUGGGAGAAGAACCAGGCGCGCGACCCCGUAAAGGAGGACUCAGGCGCAUUGAAAGAGGCGCUCGAAUCGCCCUCUAUGAGCUUCCAGACACCUCCAAAGCCUCCGCGCGGCCAUACUAGGAAUCGGUCGGCGUCUGAUGGAGCGGCGUUGAUACCACCUGGUCACAAGCUAUCUCCCUUUCACCCUGCGUGGAGCUUAACGAAGCUGUUGGAUACCUUUGGGCCGCUUAUAUUCCCUAUACAACGAGCUGCAUUGCUUCGCAAGCGCAUUCUCAUAUCAGGCCAUGCGCCGGUGCAAGAAGCCUGCAACUUUGUCUACGAUAUAUCCAUACUCUCAAAUAUACCAUUGUCAACAUUCGACCUCCUCUCGCCAAACUCACCACCCCAUCGCUUACGGCCGUUGUUCUCCAUCGGCGUCCACGAUAUUCCUUUCCUUGUCGAUGACGCAAAGUCGGCUAGGAAUGUUGAGGAUUCGCCAGACUACGAAGGGGAGAUGGGGACAGGCUGGAUAGCUUGCACAACCGACAGCAUCCUCUCUAAGAAAGACACGCUGUGGGACAUGCUCAUUACUAUGCCAUCACCCCAUUCCUCCAACACGAAGAAGCACGUAUGGCCUACCGUGGAGUGUCCGCACGGCGUGUCUGUUAAAGCCACGCAACGCGAUCUACGGCGCUUCCGCUCCCUCAAAGCCGGACUCGCCCGGUUUGGGGCUACUGCCGGCAGCGGAGCCACCUCGCCGACAACGCCGCGCGCAUUGAAACCACAGCACAGCGGCGACAGAUAUAUCGAUGAUGCAGAGCAGAUCAUUGAACCCCUAAGCUGGACGGCACUGGCCUACAACGGGUUCAUGUGGUGGGCCUCGGCCGGCGAACAGGCUCGGUCGAACGAGGCCGAAGAGGCGGCGCACGAUUCUUCACUUCUCGCAGAGCUAUCAUCCCCAUCCAUGAAUAUGAGCAUGCCGCGCUCCGCGGACAUCUCGGCAUCCGUAACCUCGCUCACGGUAAGGCGUAAUUCUGCGCCUGCCUCGGCCCCGCUGGAUUCCGAAGAGGCUCGCGUUGAACUAGCCAUCAUCGCGUACUUCCACAGACUCACUACGCAAAUCCUUGGCACGUUGGUAGAUCUUGUGGAGAGUGCCAGUGACAGCGACGCUGGAGACGAGAGCCCAAUGGGAGAGGACGAUGCCCUGAUCGAAUCAAAUGACGACGAUCGAGGGCGCGGGGUCAGGAUUGAAAGCGAUGCAAUGGCCAAUAUGGGGCUUGAUGUCUGGAGUGCAUCGGACGCAUAUUUCGUGAAGGAAGCAUUGACGACAUAUUUCGACCAAAAAGCAUUUGUCGAGGGCAAGGGUGUCGAGGUAUGUGGGGUGAGGGUGUGCUGA